AUGGACAGCCAGGAGGUGGGAGCCAUGCUGGAGGAGUGUCACAGGGCUGUGUCUGCAGCAGGACUGGUGCUGGAGCCCAAAGAGGAAGCCAAGCUCAACUUCCAAAGACACAGAGGUACGCCAGCAGAGGGUGCUAUUUGCCUAGUUAUAAAACUAUGCCUGGGACAAGUUUGUAGCUUUGCGGGGCCAUAAUGUGUCGUGUCAGGCGUUUAAAUCUAUUGUAGAAUAGGAUUGAAUACAAGUAAAAUAACUUAAUUUGCCUUCCGAGUGGUGCAGCGGGCUAAUGCACUGCAUCGCAGUGUUGCGAUGUCACUACAGCCUGGGGUUCGAUCCAAGGCUGUGUCACUACCGGCUGUGACCGGGAGUCCCAUAGGGCAACGCACAAUUGGUCCAGCGUCGUCCGGGUUAGGGGAGGGUUUGGCCGGAGGAGCUUUACUUGGCUCAUCGCGCUCAAGCGACUCCUUGUGGUGGGCCAGGCGCCUGCAGGCUGACUUCAGUCGUCAGUUGAACAGUGUUUCCUCCGUCACAUUGGUGCAGCUGGCUUCCGGGUUAAGUGAGUGGGUGUUGAGAAGCACGGCUUGGCGGGUCAUGUUUCGGAGGACGCAUGACUCAACCUUCGCCUCUCCCAAGCCCGUUGGGUCGUUGCAGCGAUGAGACAAGAUCGUAAUCACGAAAUUGGGGAGAAAAAGGGGGUAAAAAUUACACACACAAAAAUACAUAUACUUAAUUUAUUGUGAAUUACCUUAUCACUUACUGUAUAAGGAACCCAUAGAUCUCAAAUAGACCCAUUCAACUUUAGAGUAGCGUUUAGGUAUUCUCAAAGCAUUAUAUUUAAGUAAACUUGUUUUAUUUACUUUUCUCUAUAGUUUUUCGCUUCACCAUAUUCUGUCCCCUUAUUUCCAGAGUCCCUGUCAGUUGAACUGAGCAUGCUCCUGCAGGAGGCAGUGAUGAUGAGGUGGCCCUUUGUACCAGAGAAGUGGCAGUACAAGCAGUCAGUCACUUCCCAGGACAAAGUCAACUUGAAGGACUUAAUUAGUCAGCAUCUACCACAGCUACUGGUAAUAUGAUCCUGCAUGGCUGCCACUUAUAUCAAAGCAAAAUAAAACAAAGCACUCCCUGAUGAAGGCAUGUGUUUUCGAAAUGUGUCAAUGGUAGACUAGGGUACCAUGUGGGAAGCAGGCUAAGACAGUUCUAAAAAGAUUGGAUUUAUUUAUAUAUCAAAAAAUAGUAUUUUGACUAUGAAUGUACUGAUACAAGAUGCCAUAAAAAACCAUAACCAUUUAUCACAAAAAGUCUUAAAGUCUUAAACUUUUUAUUGAUUUUGAUGUGUCAGGCUCUGCUGAAGGUGUCCAUCUUAGCCAGGGAACCUCAGUGGGCGGCGGGUGUGGUCUUCCUGAUGGAUCGGUUCCUGUAUUGGACAGAUGAGUCCAGCCGGCUGCUGAAGAUCACAAAGCUCCUCCACAGACACUACCCAGGAACCCCCAUCGCCCCCCAGCUGGUCAUACGACAGGCCAGGGUCUACCUCAAUGAUGGUGAGGGAGGUCAUCAUUCUGCGACUCAAGACUAUAUUUCUCACAGAUUGGUUAUUUGUUGUUUACUGACUAUGUUAGAGUUCAGCGCUUUAUCAUUAUGUGUCUCCAUGCUGUGUAUUGCAAUACUAGUUAUCUGUUUUUUAUUUUAUUUACCACACUAUCAAGAUGAAGCUCCUUAGCCUUAAUGGACAAUUCCACCGAAAAACUAUAUUUUGGUGUAUUUUUCGUUCGUCCAUUGUUGACAUAGUCCCAAACUAUUUUGCUUGUCAGCGAUCACGUUUUCAAGAUAUCUAACUUUCAAAAUACAGAAAUGGCAAAACACAGCAUCAUAUAAUGCAAAACGCAUGCUACGGAUAAGAUUUCUGUAUUUUGAAAGUUACAUAUCUUGAAAACGUGAUUGCUGACAAGCAAAAUAUUUUGGGACUAUGUCACCAAUGGACUAAUGAAACAAAUACCAAAAUAUUGUUUUUGGGGUGGAAUUUUCCUUUAAGUAGGAUGCUUUGUACCAUUUGUCAUACUUGUUGUCUCACCCACAGGUAAACUCCAGAAGGCAGAGUACAUACUGAGCAGUCUCAUCAACACUAGUGGAGCAACGGGUAGGCUUACAAAAUGCAAUUCUCGUACCAAUUAAUGUUCCCCACGAGGGUCUGUGUUAACAAGUGGGUUUGAAAUCUGCAGGUUGCUGGAUAUAUCAGUCUGACAGUGAUAGGACUCUUAUCCAGGCGGUCAGUGUGCAAGUGCGUGGACAGGUUCUGCAGAAACUGGGUAAGGAGAGAGAGAGAGAGAGAGAGGGGAUGUAUAGCAUUAUGUGUAUGUAUCCUUUUUCCCAUCUCUGAAUUGGAUGUUUCGUCUCAGGACUGUGGCUGGAGGCUGCUGAGCUGAUCUGGACCUCCCUGGUUGGCUAUUACGCUCUUCCUCAACCUGAUAAAAAGGUGGAGCCAAAACAUCCAGUACACCCCAAUGAAUAACUGAAUACUAAAUCACACAACAAAUCUGUGAACUGCUCAUAUUGUCCUCCAGUGGUGUUAUAACUACUGUAUAAGGUUUAAUAUGUGUUUUGAUUUUUAGGGCAUUGGAACAUCCCUUGGGAUUCUGGCCAACAUAUUGGUUUCUAUGAAUGAUAGAGACUUCCAUGCAUUUAAGACCAAUCCGGGCAUUGACUUGGUGAGCACUCAGUCUUCCCCAAUGAAAUCACUUGUGUUCUAAAGAUACACAUUGACAUCAGCAUACGUUUUAUGAUUUAUUAUGCUUUUCUAAUAUCUCUGACCGCUGCAUGACCUCGGUGUAUGUCUUUAUGUCUGGAGUAGUGUUUCCUUGGGAACAAUGGCCAUCGUCUCCUCUCAGCAGCUGAGGCAGCUAAAAUGGCGGUGGUGUACAGCCAGUAUGCCUCGCUGUACGUGUUAACCAACGUGGUGAGUCCUCUCUUUCUCUGUUUUGUGUUUUUUGGGGGGGCGGUCGUAGUGGAUAAGAGUGAAGUCUUCUAGAGAGGCUGGAGCUUACUGCUAGGUGAGCACUGUAGCACAACUGCCUAUUAACAUAAUACUAGAUAUUAUGCUAUGUCAUUCUCUUUCUUUCUUUCUCAUCCCCCUCUCUCUCCAGGUCACCCAAGGCACCUGUCUGUUGUCCUACAGUUUCUCAGUAGAAUGCCCCCCCUCGGACAAACACUCCUUCCUCCUCCAGGCCAAGGAAGCCUUUGAGAUUGGCCUACUUACCAAAACAGGGGGGGACAUGGUCACUAGCAAACAGGAGCUCCACACAUUCCUCAAGGCAGCCUACUCUCUGACUGUCAGUCACAAGUGGCUGGGCACCCCUCAGAAGACAGUGGACCAGGCCAGAUUGGUAUGCCGGGAGGCUUUGGAGAAGUUCUAUGCCUACUGCCAUGCAGACAGCCAAGAGAGAGAUGCCCUCUGCACUGGAGUUAUGAGUCUGAUAACCCAAGUGAAGAAUCUACUAAGGGUCAAUCCAUUCCUGAACUCAGACAAGGGGUCGUUCAUCCCGGAUAGCUACAGAGACGUGGUGGAAGAGAGAGCGGUGCGGUUCACUCUGGAUGGUUUCUCCCAGGUGAUGGGGAGGUUCAGGCAGUACCACACCUCGGUAUGUGAGGCCUCUGAGGCAAGCUGUAGGAGGAAACAUGAAGGCCCCCAGUCUGGACUCUGUAUAACAGCACUGGGGACCACAGCAACGGCCCCUAACACAGAGUGUACCACUGAGAACCACAAUCCCCAAAAAGCCACACAUAAAGAAGAGUUACACAGAGACAAAGCACCCAAUGCCUCUUGUUUAGCUCCAAAGUUACCUCAGGAACAGGAGCUCUGUACAACUAUGGGUAGCACUGAAGAGCUACCAAGCAAUAGCUAUAAUAAAAUGGCUCUCAAAUCACUCAGUAGCAGCCUUGGGUCCUCAUUUGAAAAAGUGUCUUUGAACAGCACUGGGUCUCCCCUCGGCAGUAGUGGCAACAAAGAUAGCAGUGUUCCAGAUAAGGUAAACAUGGAGUAUCUGUGCGGUCCAAACUGUCUCACCAAGGUUAGUGAAGAUGGGUUAGAAAAUGGGUCCGAAUCUAAAAGCAAGACCAGGAAAAGAGAUGGUCUCAGUGCUCAGGCAGGAUCCAACUCUUCCACCCGGGUCACUUCCUCAUCCUCCACCAACAGUGAUGUUGAGCAGUUUGAAAUGAUUGACGAACAGAGUCUAAUAGAGACUGUGGAGACUGAGGAGUGUCACAGCGGUGGUGCGUCAGUGUCGGUGAAACCUACAGGAGACCGAGUAGUGAUGCAUCCAGGGUACCAAAACAAGUCGAGGACUUCCUCCUUUAACUCCAUUGGCGACAGCCUCGACUCCCAGUCAUCAUGGCAGAAACUAUCUCUGUCUGACACAUCCCAUGAGGCAGCUGCAGUACCACAAAUACGUUCUGCAGCCCCAGCAGCUGUAAAUGAACACAGAGGUCCAACCUUCAAUGUGGAUCAAGAAGCAGAAACGGAGGAAGACACUGAAUCCCCUCACCCCAUUGGACCUAACAGUGCUGCAGCCUAUCACAAAAUACCUCCACAACUAGGAUCUGAGGGCCUCAUCCCAGAGCAGUGUCUCUCUACAGAGAUAGACAGCUCCUAUGAGAUGGUGGAGAAAGAGAUAGGACACAUAGUCAACAACACUGAACCCUGUGCUGGAGAGAAGCAGAUUCCCUCUCACCCUAACUCCUCAUGCUAUACCUGUCUAAAGCACAGCAUCAUGGGUGGUCUAGUGCCUGAGAACCAGUACGUUUUGACAGAGGAGGACUACAACUCCCUCCUGGCUGGGAUGUGUCAUGGCUGUCUGUUAAAGAGACUGCAGAGUGACAUGAAAUUCAAGCUUGGGAAACAGAAAAGUGCCUACAGUGAGUUCCUAUUGCCUCGUGGUGCUAUAGAAAAUGUAAAGUCAUGGUUGUUUUGUGUUUUUCAAGAUAAAAUGCAACUUGAAAUACUUGAAAUAAUUAUUAAGUACUAAUAAGAUACUAAUAAGAUUAGAUAUACAAAUGUAAUGUUUACAUAUAGUACAAUGCUUUCAAAAGGUUUAAUGCACCAACGCCCACUUCAGAUAGAGGUUAUUUAACAUUGAGAAUAUGUUACAUAAAAUGCACAUCUUUCUUGAACAUGUACUCGAUUAUCCUUAAACUGUGAUGGAAAUGACUCGGUACUGAACAUAUACACUAUUUCCAGCAUACACAGUGGUUUAUAGUGAACUUGACAUCGGUUGCACUGAAGUUUACAAAACAGAAAUUACCAGUUAUUUAUAUUACAUGGUAAAAUGGUAUUUUGCGUAGUAAUAACCUCUAAAUGACCUGUUAUUUUCUCCAGGUGCUCUCCUUCUGAAGUACUCCAGGGCCUCUGGACUGUGGACGUCCAGAGAGACCUAUGUGUACAUCGGAGAGCCAAUAGGGAAGCAAGGCCAGCAGAGAAUGGCAUUAUGGGUACAGUUUCUACACCAGGAGGAGAGGCUGAGCAGGUUAGUAGGGAUAAAUAAAGUUUUAUUUUAAUUGAAAUGAGCUUCGACUAUCACAUAGUGACACAAUGAUACACAGAAAUGUCUGAAUCCGAACUUGAGAGAUACUCACAUUUUCGCACAAUCUCCCAUCAACAUCAAUGCAUGAUUUGUGUUUUGCAAAAGUACACAUUAUGUGUGCCUGUCUCAAGUUAGGAUUGGGCCUAACGUGAACAUGUUCUCCUACUGUUCUCCACGUUCUCCUUUCCCCCUUCAGUUACGUGGGGAAGGAGUACCUAGAACCCAAAGGCAUCCAGUUCCAUCUGAGUGACGUGGAGAGGCAGAUGACGGCCCAGUACUACGUGACAGAGUUUAACAAGAGACUCUACAAGGAGAAAGUGACCGCUCAGAUCUUCUUCAUCCCUUCAGAAGUGCUACUGGUAAGACAUUAACUAACAUCCCACUGAUCAUUGAUUCAUUGGUGAUUCUAAGGUCCCAGAUCUGUUUGAGCAACUCCAUAGGAGUUGGCUAUACAGCACAAACAGAGCUGUUCCCAGGCUAGUACUCUGUGGCUUAGCUUCCUAAUGUAUUAUGCAAUGGGGUGAUUGACAUUUUAAUAACACAGUUCAAAAUGAAAUAUUGCCAUACUUUUCCAGACACCACCACCACCCACACACAUACACACAACUAAUCCUUUGAAUCAUUUGAUUUGGGACCUGUUGUGCCAAAGCCACACUUCACCAAAUCAAAUGGAUUUGUAUUUAAAGCACACUCAUACACAGUGAGUGUGCUUUACCCUAAGAAGAAAGAAACCAAUCAUAAGAAAGAAACAAACUUCACCAUGGUCAUAUUGAAAGAUGGGAUUUUUUUUUUAACGGUUCUUCUUACUAGCACUGAUUUUGCUGAUAGCUGCUUUAUAAAGGACCGUUUUUAACUUACUAUGACUGUGAUAUGUGGUUGUUUUAUCUACCUUAGUUGAAUGCAUUGACUGUAAGUCGCUCUGGGAAAGAUGGUAUGCUAAAUUACCAACAAUGUUAUGUAAAAUGUAAUGUUUACACAUCUUCAGAACAAGUGAACCUUCCUCCUGUUUAGACAGCUGGUUGUUUUGUUUCAGAUCUUGGACGGGGAUGAGGUGGUGGACUGUGUGACAGUGGAGCCCUACAUGCUGGGGGACUUUGUGAAGCUCACCAACAACACUACUAAAGUGGACAAGAGGUUCAAGGCCUCAGAAUACGGCAUCGCUUUCGGACAUUUCACCUACCAGUUCUCUGGAUGCCAAGAGGUUGUCGUCGACCUACAAGGUGUGUGCGUGCGUAUGUGUGUCUGUCUGUGUAUGUCUCAGGUGACUAUUAAGUUAAUUAUUUAGUUCAUUUGUUGAAUCUGUUCUAUUUCAGCAUUUACAUUUAAUGUUCUAAAUGUUUUUCUCUCUUUUUUUUCCCUCUCUCUUUUCUCUUUUUUCCUCUUUCUUUCCCCAGGGUGGGUGACCGCCAAUGGGAAGGGGCUGACGUACCUGACAGACCCCCAGAUCCACUCUCUCAGGACCCCUAAAGGUGCCACUAACUUCGCUGAGAGGGGGGUCAGGUAUUUCCUAAAGGACCAGCAUGGACCAGAAUGCAACAGUAUCUGUGACCUACUGUCACUGGACAAACUGCAGUAACAUACGUCUUGAAAACAGUGAUGUCUACUGCAGAUGGAGAUAGGUGUGUGUUUGCUGAGGCUCCUUGACAACUCUCGAACAACAUAUUGUUUUGGCCUAAAAUAUGUGCAUUGCGAUCCCCUACUACAAUGCACAAUGCACAUUCUGAUCUAUUAGACAUGGGCUGAUCCUGUGGUGAAAACAGCAGUCUAGUGAAACACAUUCAGUAGCAUGUGAUUUCAUUUCUAGAAGUGAGAAUUGUCUGCCCCUUUACCAACCUCAACCAAUUCUGUUGAAAAUCGGCCUGUACUGUAUUUUCAAUGUACUGUAAGUGUUUUUGUGACCCUUGAAUCCACUCUCAUUUAUGACUAGGAAUCUCAUGUUUUAUUACAUUGACAUUGAUCUGUUUUAUUUGCUUUUGAAUUGAUUAAAUCAGAUCACAAAAA